GUGAACAGUCCAUCAUCAGAAGACUUAUCAAGACCGCCUAAAAGUUCAUAUAACUGCGAUUAAGCCAUGUCAACCGACUCGUGGGCUCUAGCUGUGGACGAACAAGAGUCCACAACCAAGUCUGUUGGGGACCUGCGGAUUAUAGAAGCAGAAAAUGCAUCUUUGCAUCAGAAUAAUGGUGAUGAUGAAGACGAAAAAGAGGACAGAGCCACACAGAGUCUCCUGAACAAACUGAUCAGAAGCAAUCUGGUCAAUAACACAAACCAGGUGGAGGUUCUUCAGAGAGACCCAAACUCACCGCUUUAUUCAGUCAAGACCUUCGAGGAGCUGAGACUGAAACCUCAGUUGCUCAAAGGUGUCUAUGAAAUGGGCUUCAACAGACCUUCUAAAAUCCAAGAGAAUGCCCUUCCCAUGAUGCUCGCCGAACCACCUCAGAAUCUGAUUGCUCAGUCUCAGUCUGGCACUGGUAAAACGGCCGCUUUCGUUCUGGCCAUGCUCAGUCAUGUGGACCCAGCCUGUAAAUGGUCGCAGUGUUUGUGCAUUUCUCCCACAUAUGAGCUGGCUCUGCAGACGGGCAAAGUCAUCGAGCAGAUGGGCAAGUUUUAUCCAGAAGUCACACUGGCAUAUGCAGUUCGAGGACAUAGAAUGGAGCGUGGCAUAAGGAUCAAGGAGCAGAUUGUCAUCGGCACACCUGGGACGGUUCUGGACUGGUGCAUUAAGCUGAAACUCAUCGACCCCAAAAAGAUCAAAGUGUUUGUUCUGGACGAGGCCGAUGUCAUGAUCGCCACACAGGGACACCAGGACCAAAGCAUUCGGAUUCAGAGAAUGCUGCCCAAAGGCUGUCAGAUGCUGCUAUUCUCUGCCACCUUUGAGGAUUCGGUGUGGAAGUUUGCAGAGCGGGUCGUGCCGGAUCCCAACAUCAUCAAGCUAAAACGAGAAGAGGAGACCCUGGACACUAUCAAGCAGUACUACGUGCUCUGCAACAGCAAAGAAGACAAGUUUAAUGCACUCUGCAACAUCUAUGGGGCCAUCACUAUCGCACAAGCUAUGAUCUUCUGUCAUACUAGGAAAAUGGCCAACUGGCUUGCUGGCCAGAUGUCUAAAGAGGGCCACCAGGUGGCGCUGCUCAGUGGAGAAAUGGUGGUCGAGCAGAGAGCCGCAGUUAUUGAACGCUUCAGAGACGGCAAGGAGAAAGUCCUCAUCACUACUAAUGUCUGUGCAAGAGGUAUUGAUGUUGAACAAGUGUCAGUGGUGAUCAACUUUGACCUUCCCCUGGACAAAGAUAGCAAUCCAGACAACGAAACAUACCUGCACCGGAUUGGCAGGACGGGCCGGUUUGGCAAGAGAGGACUCGCCAUCAACAUGGUGGACAGUCAGCACAGCAUGGAAAUUCUCAAGACAUACGAGAGGCAUUUUGAUAAGAAAAUUGCAAGGCUGGACACGGAUGAUCUUGACGAAAUCGAAAAAAUCGCCAGCUGAGGUGAAGACCCAAACACUCCAUUUAAUUUCAUAACCAAAUCAGUUCUGCUGUUACCUUGUUAGAUCUAACGCUUGAUUAAAUCUACAUUACCAAAACCGAUGUUUACAUAAAUGACACGAAAUUUGCUUUAACUCUUGCUUAAUGCCAAAUAGUUUUGAUUCUGAGCUCUUAAAGUUGUUCCAGGAGUUUUUGAAUUGGUUUGAGCUUAACAGUGUGCUUUGAUUUAGAAGUGAUCUGCGGGACUAAUACCUUACAUUUAAUCUUGUUAAUUGGUGACGGUUUUACUUGGGCAUUUUGUCUGUUGUUUACUUGACUAAUGAAGCAUCUAUUUAAAUAGUGUUUUGGUCUUAUGUUUGAAUAGAACUGACUUCAGUAUUUAUUUGAUCACAGUAUUUGAGAAGAUAAACGGCAGUUAGAAAGACAAUCUCAGAAAAAUAUGUUGGGACUUCAGAGUAUCUGCAAGCUGGCAGGAAAUUAUACGGUGCAUAAAAUGCCACAAAGCAGCUCAAAACAUUCCUCGAGCACUUUAGAAUUAAUGACACUUUGUAUUGAGAGUUAUUGUGGAAAAACACAAUAGAGUAUUAUUGUGAUGUAGAACAAUGCCUUUGUACUUGAACUGCAGAAAGCAUUUAAGCUUUUUGAAGAAACUGUUUGAUUUGUUCUGUUCGGAAAGACUAAAUAGUUUGAGUUGAACUGUGAAUCAUUUGAACAUUUGCUUGCGUCUUCUGCUGCAGGAAGUGCAAGACUCUU